AUGGCAGGCUUCCGCGACAAGCUACACAAAUGGCGAGACAGAAAGGGUGACGGGCGGGCACAGCCGGGCGCCGAAUCCGACCCCGCAUCCGAUGCCGCAUCGGUUGCUUCCACAUCCAAAGUCCGCAAAAACGACCAACACGCGCAAUCGGAGCAUUUAGAGCGUUCCGGUGACAGCCCGGUUAACCUCGUCCAUCGCCCAAAGUCAGAUUCGUCGGCCACGGCGCAGUCGCUGUGGGAUCGCGCAUAUGACGCCCUUGGCAAGGACAAGGCGCAACUGGUGCGGGACUAUGAAAAACUGCUCUCGCAAGAGGAGCAGAUGGCGAAUCCCGCGCUGCAGAGCAACUCCUCCGCACAAGACGCGCCACACAACGACGUGACCCUGGCGCCCGACAGUUCACCGCGGCACAGCCAACUCGACACCGUGAUCCGACAGGGGCUACAGCGAGUCGAAGACAAGAAGGCGAAAUACACCAUCGCCGGCCACGAAUUUGUCCUAACCGACCAGGUCGCGCAGGCCGCGGGGUUCGUGCUCUGGGCCAAGGACUGGAUCGGCGAGGCCGUCAAGGCGUCGCCCGAGGCGUCCAUUGCGUGGGCCGGUGUCUGCAUGAUUCUGCCGCUCCUCACAAACGCCAAGACGACAGAGGACGCCAACCGCGACGGGUUCACAUACGUCACCACCCGCAUGCGCUACUACACCGCGCUGGAGCCGUUGCUGACGAAGCUCGGCGAAAACGCCGGGGUCACCGACGCGUUGAUCGUAGAAGCCAGCAGCAGCAUCAUGGACCUCUACCAGCACAUCCUCGAGUUCCAGAUCAAGAGUGUGCUGCGGUUUUAUCAGAGCCGCCUCAAAGGCUACGCAAAAGACACCUUUCUACCAACAGAAUGGAAGACGAUGCGAGAGGAGAUUGAGCGGCUGGAGGCGGCCGCCAACGGCAACCUGAGGCAAAUCAACGAGCUCGUGUCGCGACAGGUGCUCGAGUCGCUCGACAAGACGAGCAACGCCUCCCACGACACCAUGCUGGGGCUGCUGUCUGUGUCGCAGCAGCAGCUCCGGGUCGCCGAGAAGCACGUGGACAUUGCAGAGAAACAGCUUGCGUUCCAGGAAGACGCAGCGCAGCGGGCGCUGACGGACAAGGAAGAAAAGAUACACCAGGUCUUCCGCCUGACGGCCGACGGCAAAGACGCGACGUACGAGUGGUACAAGAACCGUGUGGAAGACCGCGUCGAAGGCACAUGCCAGUGGUUUCUGACGCACGACCACUUCCAGCAGUGGCUGCGCGAACAGGACUUUGGCCCGCUGCUCGUCUCGGCCGAUCCGGGCUGCGGCAAGUCCGUCUUGGCCAAGUACUUGGUCGAUCACGCGCUGCCGCAGUCGGCCGCGGCUGCGGCCACCACCACCACCAUUUGCUACUUCUUCUUCAAGGACCAGGACCAAAACACCGUGCGCCAGGCACUCUGUGCACUGCUUCACCAGCUCUUUGCCCAGAAUCCGGCCUUGAUCGAGCACGCGGUGCCGGAAUACGCGCGCGACGGCAGCCAACUCGUCCAUGCGACAGAAUCCCUCUGGCGGAUCUUUGACCGUACUGUGCGCGACGCCCGCGCCGGAACUGUCAUCGUCGUCCUGGAUGCCCUCGACGAAUGCGCCGAAGACGAAUUCAAGGACCUGAUCCGGCACCUGAAGGACCAAUUCGACGGCGGCGACCCGGCCCAGGCGCCCCGUCCCAAGCUCAAGCUGCUUCUCACGAGCCGCCCGUACGAGCAAAUUGUGUCCCAGUUCGACGGCGACCAGGACCUGCUGGACGCCUUUCCCCACGUCCAUAUACCCGGCGAGGAACAGUCGGACGCCAUCGGCUCCGAAGUCAAUCUCGUCAUCCAAUACCGCGUCAAACGGAUGAAGUUACCGGCCCAGGUCCGGGUGCGGUUGACCGACAAUCUGCUUGCCGUGUCGCACCGGACCUAUCUCUGGAUCUACAUGGUGUUUGACCACCUCGAAACGGAAAGCUUCAAAAAGACGGCCAAGGGCGUGGAUGCGGCCAUUGCGACGCUGCCCAAGAGCGUCCCCGAGGCAUAUGAGCAGAUUCUCAACAAAUCCAAGAACCACCGCGAGGCCCGGAAAGCCCUGGCCAUCGUCUUGGCGGCGCGGCGGCCGUUGACGCUCUCGGAGAUGAACGUCGCCAUGAACAUACAGGACGACAACGUCGGCCACAACGCCUUUGACGACCUGGACCUGGAAGACGACGAGGACUUCAAGCACAAUCUGCGCUCGUGGUGCGGCCUGUUCCUCUCCGUCUAUCACGGCAAGGUUUACUUUCUCCACCAAACGGCGCGCGAGUUUCUGUUGGCCGAUCAGCCUACGUCGCCGUCGCCAUCCAACCUGCGCUGGCAUCACUCCAUCACCGCCCGUCAUGCACACACCGUCCUGGCCGAGCUCUGCGUGCUCUAUCUGUACGACUUUACGCCGGACGUGGUCUCCUUCACCGAUCCAACAGACGCAUCGGACGAAUGGGACGAACCGGACGAACCGGACGAACCGGACGAACUGGACGAACCGGACGCACCUGAUGGGUACGACAACAGACGCAUCGCGUUUUUGAAUUAUUCGGCGUUGCACUGGGCCUUCCACUUUCACGAGGCCGGCAUUGCCGACGACGCACGCAUCGUGCCGCUGGCGUCCGGCAUUUGCGAUCCAGAAUCCGGGAGCCACGUGACGUGGUCCGCCAUCUAUUGCGAAGUUCGAUUCGGACCGGGCACCGAGGAUUUAACGGGCCUGACAGCCGCCGCCUACUUUGGACUCGAGUCGGUCGUGCGGUUCCUGCUCCAAAAUGGGGCCGGCGUGAACGUGGGGGACACCUACAGCAGGACGCCGCUGAUGCAUGCCAUCGAAAAGGAUCACGAAUCCGUCGUACGCCUACUGCUGGAGCACGGUGCCGAUGUCGAGGCGGCAGACAAGGACGGCAAGACGCCGCUGUCGUACGCCGCCGAGAACGCAGCCCUGACGCAGCUGCUGCUGGAGGCGGGUGCGCCGAUCGAAACGACGAAUGCGCAUGGCCGGACGCCGCUGUCGUACGCCGCCGAAGAGGGGCACGAGGCCGUCGCGCGGCUGCUGCUCGACAAUGGCGCCAACAUCGAAACGAAGACGGAAGACGGCUUCACGCCGUUGACGUACGCCGCCCUCUAUGGGCACACGGCCGUGGCACGGCUGCUGCUCGACAGGGGCGCCGACACGGCGACAGCAACGGGUGCUGAUGCUUGGACGCCGCUAUUCUUCGCCGCCAGUGAAGGGUGGGAGGUCAUUGUGCGGCUGCUCGUCGAACAAGGCGCCGACAUCGAAGCGACGAACGCCAGGGACCAGACGCCAUUAUGGGUGGCCGCGAUGCAGGGCCACGAGGCGAUCGUGCGGAUCCUGCUUGAGGAAGGCGCCGACGUCAAUGUGACGAGCGACCUUCAAAUGACGCCAUUGUUAUGGGCCGCCCUGCGGGGGUACGAGGGCAUCGUGCGCUUGCUGCUCGAACGAGGCGCGGACAUGGAAGCGAUAAAUAACGACGGGCAAACGCCGCUGUCGUUGGCGGCUGAGCAGGGGCGCGUGGCCGCUGUGCGGCUGCUGCUGGAGCACGGCGCCAACAUCGAUACGAGGGACAAGUUUGACAAAACGCCGCUAUUUUAUGCUGACGACGACGGGUACGACGACGUGGUCGAGCUGUUGGAGUCGUAUGGGGCUCAAUAUUGA